CGGAUCGCGACGUAAACACGGAGCCGGAUCGCGACGUAAACACGGCGCGGAGGGAGCCGCUCAGGAAGCCGCGGAGCCGGAUCGCGACGUAAACACGGAGCCGGAUCGCGACGUAAACACGGAGCCGGAUCGCGACGUAAACACGGAGCCGGGGAAGCCGCGGCGCAGCAGCAGUCGCAGAUCUCCCCAUGAGACGCCUCCAGUCGCAGCAGCAGCAGCAGCAGCAGCUCCCGGCCUCAAGGACAGGGGAACCUCAGCCCGGAGGCCAACGGCUAUCACGGGAGAGCUGAGCUCGAACAGCGACCAACCAACCUCUGCUGCUGCUGAAACAUUGCCAUCUGGUGGACAGUCUCCUGCAGGCGGCUCCAAGGGUGAGGGGAGUAUGAGCAAGAGUGGGAUGGAGCCUCAGCUGUCCAGCUUGCUGGCGCCUAUUCAGGACGGUCUUCUUGACAUGGUGCACGACUUCCGCAUGAACGGAUUGAAACCACUGGUGCUGGGCUCCCAGGUGAAGGAAGGUGGCACUCGGCGGAAGCGCGGGCCCAGCCUCAUGACCCGGUUGAAAACCAUGGCUGGCCAUGAAGGAGGGCAGCACGAGGAAUGCCCCGGCCUGCAGCUGAGCAGAAAGGGUGGCCAUCUGCCAAGGGAGGGGGGCAACCGUACCCAGCACACGCUCACGGCACACCUCCACGCCUGCCUGCAAAACCUGGGCAAGCACUAUCGCAGCGUUGCCGUACCCACCACUCCGCACACCAGAUGCUGCCACUUUGUGGUGGAGGAAGGUGAGGCUGCCGCCCUGGCGUUCUGCCAUCACGCCGGCUACGCCAUCGUGGGGGCGCACUGCCAGAGGCUGCAGGAGCUUUCCAAGCGCCGCGCACGGCUCCUCUUCUCCAGAGACUAUGUUCAGGCUCUGACCUCGGCCUCCUUGUACGUGCGCCACGUGUCGGGGCUGCUGAGCGCCGACAGGGACUUGCUGUGCGACCUGCGAGGUCGGUGCCACUCUGGCAGCAUUGCAACGGCUCAACACCAACUCCCGCCUCUGAAAAGCACCUGCAGUGAGUUGCAGGAUUUAUGUAAGAGCUGGAGUGAGCUUUACCAGCGGGUGAGGAGCGACCCGGCUCUCGGAGAGAAUGCAUGGACACACGGUGCCCACUUACCUGGGGUGGCACAGAGUAGUACCCGCGACCUACGGACUCAGCAGAGGUCUUGCUUUAACAGGUCGUCCCUGCCGUUGCUGGCUUUGCAAGGUGUUAGUUGCAUGGAGCAGCUGCUGUGCAUCAGGCUGUGUCUUCUUGCCAGGCAUCCUGAUCUUGUGCCAAAAAGCGACAUUUGCCAAGCCAUUGUCAUGUUCAACAAAACACUUGCAGAGUUCCAAACGAGUGAUUGCGCCAAAUGCUGCAUUUACCCAAAGAUUGAUGCUUGUGCCUUCCCCAGUGGGUUGGCUGUGAAGGUCGUUUCUAUGCAAAAAGUGCUCAAGAUUGUUGCAAAUGAGCAUGCAGUAUCAGUUGCUCACACUCUGUGCAGUGCCUUUUCACCAGACCGGGAGUGGGACGUCAGCUUGGGGAAAGUGGCCAAUGCAGAUGAUGACUUUUUGGCUCAGAUUGGUCUCCUACCUGGUUCUGAUGUCCCUGUUGGCUCCACUGACGAAGGCCUGACACGCGGCCAGGCUCCUCCAAAGGACAAAUUGAAGGACAAGACUGCAUCCAUUGUGUACAUUCUUAGGCAGCUGUGCUCAGCAGAGGACGGCUUUAUAAAAACAAUCCUGGCCGUCUGUUUAUCCAACGUAAGCCUGCCCGAGGAAAAUGCCGUCCUACAACAGGAAACUCGUAUCGUCGGUCAAUCAUACCUGAGCCAUCGCUUGUCGGAUUACAUUGAGCAAGGCAGUGACAGGUGUUUGGCUGAAACGUUGCGCGUGGAAGGUGAAACUCCGCGGAUCCCGGGCCCCCCUGCUGCAAUGUUCUCAGAGACGACGAGUUGGGCGCGGUGGUACGAGCGGCGGUUGUGGCGUGGCGUGUCCACUCGCCUGCUGGGACGGCUUUUCUCACCCACACAUGCCUGCGACGGCGGAGCCCAUCGCGGCCUGGGACCCUUGGGUUUCCACCCUUACCCGGUGGUGAUGGCGCUGGUUGAAGACCUCCGGAAGGCGGGCGCGCAAGAGUGCCUGCCUCUGGAGUGCCAGCAGCAAGUGCGGGCUGCAUCCUCGCAUCUGCACGCGUGGCUGGUCAUGAGGAGCUGGGAUGCAGUGUUUUGCCAAGCGCUGAGCUCGGCGUCGCGAGACCGCUGCGCCCCGUGCGCCGACGAGGGUGCCUGCAUGACCACGACUGCUCGGCUCUUCCACCAGUCUCUGCUUCCACUGCAGUCCUUGCUGGCCAGCUGUCAUGGUACCACAUUGCUGCCAUCUGCGAACAGCCUGAUCGCACGGUGUGCUAUGGAGCGAGGCUUGGCCACCCUGCAGGCUGCGUUCCAUUGGCUGUCGACUAAAAGCUUCCACUUCUUGGCGUCGUGGUCCCUGGAGGAGGUCUUCCUGGUGACGCAAGGAGAUCUCCGAAUUUUCUUGGAAGCGAGUUCAGCAUUUUUGUUGCUGGCUAAAGCCGCUUCCGUGAGUGCGGGGAGCGAUGGGCGGCAACGUGAUGCACGCAGUGCGCUCACUCUGCUGGAAAACACAGCCUUGCAGCUGCAGACCCUUUCUGAGGAGAUCCUGCGGCUGUUUGCGAGUGACUGCAAAAAGAUGGCGCAGGAGACACUGGAGCAGACCAUGCCCCUCGGCAAGCAAUGGCGGCUCGCCAAGGAGCUUGCGGCACGCCCCACGGAGCCGAACGAGUACGCGCUGGUGGCAGUGGCCACGGUGGUGCAGCCCGUGAUGGAGGCGCUCGCUCCGCUGGAGACGCACUGCCAAGCGGAGCCCGCAGCCCAGGUGUGCUCCGCCCUGAUGCUCGCAUGGAUGGAGCACAUUGUGCACAAAAAGGUCGUGUUCAGCGUGCAGGGCGGGCUUCAGCUGAAGAUGGAUUUCCAGGCGCUGCGCUCUUACGUGGCCUCCGAGUCGUGCCCCCUGGCACCGGAGACACGCCGCCGAGUCCUCGGCCUCAGCGUUUUCCGCCAUGCGGAGGAGGCGGCACGCUGCCUGCUCAAGCAGCCCCGCCGCCCGCCCAACCUGCUGGAGCGGGGGAGGGGCCAGCUGAGCAGCUUGUGCAGCAGGGGGUCGGAGGUCAGCAGUUACCACAGCCUCGAGAGCCUGGACUUCCCGUGCAUCAGCUCCAAGGUGCUCCCAAUCGGGGAGCCCCAGGACCCCGGCGAGUCGGUGGAGAGUGUGAAGCCGUUCCCGCCCCCCCCUCCGAGGCAGGGCAAGGCUCACGAUUACGGCACCAGCAACGCCACGGCACCAGGUGGGGAGGGAGAGAAGUGCUUCCCGUCCGCCAGCGUGGACACGGAACGCUGCCGCCCGGUCGCAGACCGACGCGACGACGACGGCAGCGGCACCGCCAAGGCCCGCGGGCACGCGACGUCGGACGCCGGGCCGCCGGACGGGAACCGCGUUUCCGUGACCGAGGAGGGGAUCGUGCCCGAUAGGACCACCUCGCCCCUGCCGUGCGAGACGGACGUGUUUCGGCAGGAAGUGUGGCUGGCCUUGAGGCUGCACGGUGGGGUCAGGCGGUGGCGCUUCCCACAGCUGCCCUGCUUGACCAGAGAACCGGAGCAAUGAAGGUGAUGGGGCUUCGGUGCCGGCGUUCCUUCAGCAGAGGAUUCUACAUCGCACGGACUUGCGCUGUGUGAACGAGCACCCUCUGCAGCCUGCAUGCAAUAUGAGUAAUCGACGUUUGGGGAAUGCUGCUACGCUGGGGUCCACAUGUAAUGAAGCCAUGUUCUCAGGGCUUAAUUUCUGACCGCAUAUAUUCUGGGUAGAGUAGGCACGUGACUCGUAGCCACAGCCAUAGUGAGCAACAUAAUGGAUGUGCUGUGCCGGGAGUGGAUAUUUUUCGUGGGCAUACCCGGCUGAAAUGCUUGUACUGUUUUUCAUUGCGAUUAUGUGCAUUUCCCCACUUGCAUACAGUAAGUCACGGGUGUUUGGAGAAUGCUGCUCCACGUAGGUUCAGAUGUAAUGAAGCCAUGUUCUCAGAAGCGUUUGGCUGAUGAGAGCAAUGACCUGAUUUCUGCAAUUUCUUGUCAUAUAUUGAUGCAUCUAUAAAUUUUAAAGGACACAUUGUAAACUAAUCUAUGCUUUGUGAAAUGUAUAUUUUGUUUACGUUGU